AUGAAAGAAAAAUUUGGCAAAGAAUGUAAAAUCUGUGCACGGCCAUUCACAGUCUUCAAAUGGUGUCCAGGAGCCCGUAUGCGAUUUAAGAAGACAGAAGUCUGCCAGACCUGCAGCAAGAUGAAGAACGUUUGCCAGACAUGCUUGCUGGAUCUGGAGUAUGGUCUGCCUGUGCAGGUUCGAGAUGCUGCUCUGAAGAUACAGGACAACAUGCCUAAGUCUGACGUCAACAAGGAAUACUACACACAGAGUAUAGAACGGGAGAUUGCAAACAGCGAUGGUAUCACUCCAGUCGGGGCUCUGGCGGGGAAGGCUCAAACACCCAGUGACAUGUUGCUGAAACUAGCAAGGACAACACCAUAUUAUACCAGAAAUCGACCACAUAUUUGCUCUUUCUGGGUCAAAGGUGAAUGCCGCAGAGGUCAAGAGUGUCCUUAUAGGCACGAGAAACCAACAGACCCUGACGAUCCACUGGCAGAUCAGAACAUCAAAGACAGAUUUUAUGGCAUGAACGAUCCUGUGGCACACAAGUUGAUGAACAGAUACAGCAGCAUGCCCAAACUUGAGGCUCCGGAUGACAAGAGUGUCACAACCCUCUAUGUGGGAGGCCUAGGGGAUAAAGUUGGAGAGAAAGAUUUGAGAGACUUCUUCUACCAGUUUGGAGAGAUCCGCUCCAUCAACGUAUCCAAGCAACAGUGUGCAUUCGUCCAGUUUACCACCAGAGCCUGCGCCGAGGCUGCUGCAGAAAAGUCCUUUAACAAGUUGAUUUUGAAUGGCCGUAGGCUCAAUGUUAAAUGGGGAAGGUCUCAAGGUCAGCUGGCGGCGGCAGGAAAGACUGAGGAUGUCCGACCAGUUGCAGCUUUGGAACCAGUGCCAGGAUUACCCCAGGCACUGCCCAUGCCCCCGGAGGAGUUGACCAACAACUACUUCAACCUGCCAGCUGCCCCCAGUCCGGGGCCUCCACAGAUGUUUGGACUCCCGCCAGGAAUCCCCCAGCCUCCGAGGGGGUUCCCACCAAUGAUGAGAGGACCAAAUCCCAUGUUCCUAGGUGGGAUGUUGAGACCCCCACCACCUCCAGGUCUCAGGAUGCCCCCACCACCUCCUGGUGUUUUACCCAUGAGGCCACCUCCAGGUAUGCCGCCACCUCCUAAGCCCCAGCUUAGGGGCCCAGCUCCCGUUCACUAUCCAUCCCAGGACCCCACCCGGAUGGGAGCUGUUCAGUCAACAUCAAGCGCCAGUGAUUAA